GAACAUUAUAUAUAGAAUUACAUGAAUAUAUAAGCUAGGAGAGUCAUCCAGGCUUUUUAGAUCUGCCAUUUCUACCUUGUUCCUUGAGCAAGGAAAGAUUCUUCAUACUUCAUAGGGAAGAAAGAGGCGCGAUUAAGUAACGGGUCGGGCGGCAUUUUGUGCCAAAAUGUCCGAUGGAAGUUGUACAUGAUUGAUCAUCAAGCAUUCCGAUCUGUAUCCGGGUGCUCGGGCCAGCGACGUGAUCGGAUCAGUACAAAAACUCCGUGUGCUCAUGUCUCUGUGUGUGCAUCCCUCACUCUCUCACAAGCAUUAAGCUAGCAUUUGACGAGAGUGAGAGUAGGGAGAAGAAGAGGCUGAUCAAGAGACAAGAGGCUAAGUCGUAUUGCCUCGCAGUAAACAACCAACCCGUGAAUUCACGCUGAUUUUUCGGAUUACGUGCUUGUUUCCUCCCAGUUCUGUCUCUUAUAAAGGAGGCAGUUCUGGGUUUCGAUCAGAUUUUAGUAUGAAAUGCCCGGUGAAUUUUUAUCCGAAAAAUGCACUACUGAUUUAUUAUUUCUUUAUUUACGAGACAACCGACUUGCGAUUUGACUGCUCUGUUUCCCACUGAUUGCCCGCUUUUCUUCAACUUUAACUUAUUCGAACAUUACUUCUCCUUCUCACCAUCUUUUUGGGCUAUACGCUAGCAAUUUCCAGUUGCCACUGAAGUUAUAGUCUCUGUUUAUAGAUACUCAUUUCAAAUUUAAGUCUCUGAUGAGUCUGAUGCGAUGAGAAUUAAGGUUCUACCUUUAUGCCAUCCACUUCUUGUUGCUGUUCUGAGCGAGCAGUCAGUUUGCUGACUAUGAAUUUGUUUAUUUAACUUGCUUCCAGCGACUUCUUUGCACUUGAAAUAUCUUAAGAAUUGAACUCGUUCUUACGAAGGUCAUUUAGAUUCACAUGGUAUGUUUGUUUUCAUAGGUUUUCAAACGCAGAACUGGAGGCAGAGUUCUUCCGAUGAAAUUUCCUCCUCAAUUUCUUUGAUGUCAGAAAAUAACUUCAGUGUCGGAUUCUUGGUGUUUUAUUAGAUUACUAGGGUCUACCUUGUUACUUGGUGUGACCUUCUGGUUCAGAAAAUGCCCAGGCCCCUCCAUCGAGGCGCAUCUCGGAUCCCUGACAGCAGUCAUGAUUUGUCGGACUCUCAAUCCAAAAAUAAAACAGAAAAAGAAGACAUGGAUAGAAGGGGUUCUUCAGAUCACAGCCCUUUGGGUUUGAAAUUUCCUCUGCGGUUGCUUUUUACGGAUAAUUCUCACUCUAAACAUGGCAUCACUGAGAAUGGUUUUACAUCUGAUCCCUUCCUUGUCAGCACUCCCCGAAAUCGGCAUAGAUUGGCAGUGCUUUUAUUGAAAAUAAGUCUAGUUUUUAUAGUUAUACUUGCUCUUACUGGAUCUUUCUGGUGGACAAUUUCAAUUUCUACCUCAUCAAGAGUGAACAUUUACCAUGGUUAUAGAAGACUCCAAGAGAAGCUUGUAUCUGACCUGUUGGAUAUCGGAGAGUUUUCUAGUGGUCCCUCAAAGAUGAAAGAAUUAGAAUUCUGUUCUCAGGAGUUUGAGAACUAUGUUCCUUGCUAUAAUGCUUCUGAGAAUCAAGCUCUGGGUUAUUCUGACAGCAAUGAUUUUGACCGGCAAUGUGGCCGUGAGCUCAGACAAAGUUGUUUAGUUCUCCCACCUGCAAAUUACAAACUUCCACUUAGGUGGCCUACUGGAAGAGAUGUUAUCUGGAUUGCCAAUGUUAAGAUCACUGCACAGGAGGUUCUUUCUUCAGGGAGCUUAACCAAGAGGAUGAUGAUGCUGGAUGAAGAGCAAAUUUCCUUUCGUUCAGCCUCUCUUAUGUUUGAUGGUGUUGAAGACUACUCACAUCAAAUUGCAGAAAUGAUUGGACUUAGAAAUGAAUCUAACUUCAUACAAGCUGGGGUCAGAACCAUACUGGACAUAGGUUGUGGAUAUGGUAGUUUUGGAGCACACCUCUAUCAAAGUCAGCUCCUUACCAUGUGCGUUGCAAACUAUGAACCAUCAGGUAGCCAAGUUCAGCUUACACUUGAGAGAGGUCUUCCUGCUAUGAUUGCUUCAUUCACUUCAAAACAGUUGCCAUAUCCAUCCCUUUCCUUCGAUAUGUUGCAUUGUGCAAGAUGUGGUAUUGAUUGGGACCACAAAGAUGGCAUUCUUUUGAUUGAAGCUGAUAGACUUUUAAAACCGGCUGGCUACUUUGUCUGGACAUCACCACUCACAAAUGCUCGUAACAAAGAGAAUCAGAAACGCUGGAGGUUUAUCCAUGAUUUUACUGAAAAUCUUUGCUGGGAAAUGUUGUCACAGCAAGAUGAAACAGUUGUUUGGAAGAAAACUAGCAAACGAGAUUGCUAUAAUUCAAGAAAGCCUGGUUCUGGGCCCUCACUGUGUAUGAAAAGUCAUGAUGUGGAGUCCCCAUAUUAUCGGGAACUGCAAAGCUGCAUAGGAGGAACUCACAGCAGCCGAUGGAUUUCUAUUGAAGAGAGGGGGAUCUGGCCUUCUCGGGCUAACUUGAACAAGAAGGAGCUUGCUAUCCAUGGGUUGCAAUCUGAAGAAUUUUUUGACGACUCUGAAAUCUGGAGAGCUGCGGUGAGGAAUUAUUGGUCGCUUCUGUCACCUCUAAUAUUCUCUGAUCAUCCGAAGAGGCCUGGCGAUGAGGAUCCCCCACCUCCUUACAAUAUGCUCAGAAAUGUGCUUGACAUGAAUGCUCAUUUGGGUGGUUUCAAUUCUGCAUUGCUGCAAGCUAGAAAGUCUGUGUGGGUAAUGAAUGUUGUUCCAAGCGGUGGACCCAAUUACCUUCCAUUGAUCCAGGACAGGGGGUUUGUUGGUGUUUUGCAUGAUUGGUGUGAGGCCUUUCCAACGUACCCUAGAACCUAUGACUUGGUGCAUGUAGCAGGUCUUCUUUCACAAAGAACUGCUCAGCAGCAUAGAUGCACGAUGCUUGACUUGUUCAUUGAGAUUGAUAGAUUACUUCGUCCAGAGGGUUGGAUUAUUAUCCGUGACGCAGUUCCGUUAAUAGAAACAGCAAGAACUCUAACAGCACGGCUGAAGUGGGAUGCUCGAGUCAUGGAAAUUGAAAGUGACAGCGAUCAGAGACUCCUGAUCUGUCAGAAACCGUUCUUUAAAAGACAGGCUAACUAAGCAAUUGAAGACCUGAAGUUUUAGGAUUGAGACCAUACUAUUCAUUUUCAUUAUCGAGAUGUUCAUUUACUCACAGCUCCAUAGAAAGUGGGGAUUGAAUAUUUUUUUAAGCCGGGAAAACCAUAGAGGAAACAGUGGAUCCUGAUGAAUGAUACAAAUCCUGUGCAGUCCUAAGGUUUGCAUGGGGCCCUGUAAUUAAUUACCAAACGAGGUGCAGAGCAGACGAGGGAGUAUACUGGUAGAUUUGAUUUUGCUUUCGAUGUAAUAUUAUUACAGUUACACAGCCUCAUGAUUAAGAUUGUGAAGGUGAUGAUAGAAUAAGUUAUUGCUGUUCGCCGCGGUGUAUAAAAUGCUCAGCGGUUAAUUCAUCCUUACAGAUA